AGAGUACUGUGCUUUCAUGGGCCUCUUCUUUAUGAAGCAAAGUGUGUAAAGGUUGCGAUAAAGGACAAACAAGUGAAAUACUUUAUACAUUACAGUGGUUGGAAUAAAAAAAGUGCUGUGAGGCCCAGGCGCUCUGAAAAAACUUUGAAGACACGUGAGGAUAUUGUAGCCCUUUUUCCUGUUCCUGAAGGAGCUCCCUCAGUACACCACCCCCUCCUGACCUCUAGCUGGGAUGAAUGGGUUCCAGAAAGCAGAGUGCUCAAAUACGUGGACACCAAUCUUCAGAAACAGAGAGAACUUCAAAAAGCCAACCAGGAGCAGUAUGCAGAGGGGAAGAUGAGAGGGGCUGCUCCGGGAAAGAAGACGUCUGGUCUGCAACAGAAAAACGUGGACGUGAAAACAAAAAAGAAUAAACAGAAAACACCUGGCAAUGGAGAUGGUGGCAGUACUAGUGAGACACCGCAGCCUCCUCGGAAGAAAAGGGCCCGAGUAGAUCCAACUGUUGAAAAUGAAGAAGCAUUCAUGAACAGAGUUGAAGUCAAAGUCAAGAUUCCUGAAGAACUGAAACCAUGGCUUGUUGAUGACUGGGACUUAAUUACUAGACAAAAACAGCUCUUUUAUCUUCCUGCCAAGAAGAAUGUGGACUCCAUUUUAGAGGAUUAUGCAAACUACAAGAAAUCUCGAGGAAACACAGACAAUAAGGAAUAUGCUGUUAAUGAAGUCGUGGCAGGGAUAAAAGAGUACUUCAACGUAAUGCUGGGCACUCAACUGCUCUACAAAUUUGAGAGACCUCAGUAUGCUGAAAUCCUUGCAGACCACCCUGAUGCGCCCAUGUCCCAGGUGUACGGAGCGCCACAUCUAUUGAGAUUAUUCGUGCGAAUUGGAGCGAUGCUGGCCUAUACACCUCUGGAUGAGAAGAGUCUUGCUUUGUUACUGAACUAUCUUCAUGAUUUCCUAAAGUACCUGGCAAAGAAUUCUGCCACUCUGUUUAGUGCCAGUGACUAUGAAGUGGCUCCUCCGGAGUAUCAUCGGAAGGCUGUGUGAGACUGCUGACACUCGCUUCUCUUUGAGUCUCUGUAAACACAUUUUGUUCUUAGUCCCUCUCCUGUACAGAUGAUGUACUUUGAAAAUGUUAGCACAUAACAAAAUCGACGUAUGUUUUGUUUUCUGUUUGAUUUUAAACAGAGAAAAUAAAAGGGGUUAUAGCUCC